AUGGCGGGCAUGGAGGGAGGGGAACUAGGGUGUGACUAUCAGGCUGCUGUGCCUGCUCUGGCUGAGGAGAGCCGGGAGACUCCUCCACCUCCACAGAUCCUCAUCUUAGCAGCAGCUCCUGGCCUGAUCUUGGAGAGCUCCUCUGUGGCUCUGCUCACUGCUCUGAACACAUGGACCAUUUCAUCCUACAAGCCUGACAAAGACUGCAGGACAGCAUUCCAUCAGUGUUCCAGCACCUCCUCCCUGCACCUCCACACUCAGUUUCAUGUGAACCUGCAGGAGGAACAGUGGUCACACACUGUGUCAUCUGCAGCUCUGGCCAAUCACUGCCCCAGAAUAGACAUGACAAAUGUGCACAGAGCUAAAUUUAGCCUCCUCGACACUCCUGACCCAUCUCCUUACUGUUUUGUGAUCUGGUUAGACGAGGAGCGAGGGGAGGAGCACACUCGACACCAUGACGACAGGUUGCUGGGGGGCAGGCUGGAACGUGAGCAAGAGAAAGUACUCAGAGAGUCCAAAGAGCUGGCAGAAUUCACUCAGAUGCACCCCACCCCUCUGUCCAGUGGCCUCACACCCAGCAUGAUGACUCCCUCUCUCAUGAACCCAAACCUUAUGGUGACAGGAGGAACUGCGCUCUCAGGGGCAGGACGCUGGCCGCCCGACCCCUCAACUCUGACCUCUCACCCCUGGAUGCCUCGACCUGGGGCACCCCCAGUUUGGCUAUCCAGUUCUCCUUACAGCCUUGGUCCUUCUUCUCUUCACCAAACCCUUCCAGCAGCCUACCCCCCUCUGGCCGGCUCCAUACCUCCUCCAUACCAGUUUGCCCGAGAUCCUCAAUCAGGACAACUGCUUGUCAUUCCUACUGAGCACCUGCCACACUAUGCAGGGGGCGAUGUUCUGGAGCGGGGAGCCCCGGUGUGGUCGGGUGUGUACGGUACAGGCAGUUCUCUGCAGCAUGCGGCCCAGCUCCAACUCCUCUCACAGCAACAGAUGCUGCGCCAACAGGAGCUGCUCAUGAUCCAGCAGCACACCGCACAAGUCCUGGAGCUGCAGAGGAACGCUCAGCUCGUUGAGCGUUUAAAGGCUGGUGAGCACCGUCCAGAGGUGGAAGACAAACCAGACAAGCGGAACACUGACACAAAACCCCAACCCCCUUCACUGUCCUCUCUGUCCCCUUCACCCACACUUCACUCUCGCAAACCUGCUCCCCCAUCCCGCUCCCCGCCCACAUCCUCCCUCGUUUCUCUGCCUCCAACGCCCUCGCCGGUGACCACUCUAAAGUCAGAAGAAGUGGGCCAGAGAGGGCUGUCUCACCCACCCACGCCUCUGCUGCACCCAUCCUCCCCUCGCUCCGCAUCCCCACCACCAUCCUCCCCGCGCCGACCUAAACGGGAGCCAGCUGAAGAUGGAGAGAAUGGGAGAAGAGAGGGACAGAGAGAAGUCCAAAAGCCCCCCCACGCGUCGUAUCCAGGCAUCUACACUGAUAUUCCUUCAGGUUACCCUUACCAGUCCAUCCCUGCUCCAUUUGGCUCUCCGUUCCCCUCUUAUCACGUCCCACCGCCCACUAGUUCAAACACAGAAGUUGUCUCCCCUCAUCGGGCCCACUCACCAUCUAAGACCAGUCCUCUGCCCGCACCUCAUCUGCAGUCAAGGCUACUGGACUCAAACAAGCAGCCCCCCAGACUAGAGUCCUCAAAGAGCGGUUCUCUUCCUACUCAGGAGCACAGCACAGAACAACCUCAAAUGUACGUGACGAUGGAACCGCUAGGACCUCUCCGACGCACUUGUAGUCCAGUUUUAACCAACAAAACAGACAGAGAAGACCCCAAACCACAACCAGUGACUUUGAAUACCUCCUGUCCUCCUCCACUCAAAAAUGACAAACAGGAAGAAAUCACAGAGGAAGAGAAAAUCAAAAUGGAGGCGUCACCUUACUCUUAUCAUGCAUAUACAGCACCUCCUGCCCUCACAGACUCAGAGCCCAAGUCAGAAAUGAUCAAAGCUCCUCAGCGGACGCCGUAUCCAUUAUGUAUAACUGCAGAUGCUGACAGACACGCAUCAGCUCACAAGUCCCAAGAUCAAACCCCAGUGUGUGAAUCCGAGCCACAGAACUCUCCAAUAAACCUGCACGUUACCAUUGAUGCGGAAAAAGUUGAUAAUCCACCCCUGUCCGACUCUCCGCUGCCUCUUAUUGCUGAUCUUCCUCUUAUUGCUGUUCCAGAAGAUCCUAUGGCGGGAAUGCUAGCUCUGUUAGCAGCCAGUGAGAUGGCCCGGCCCUGCACACCACCUGCUCCAGCCCUCACCCCACAAAUGGAAAAUUCUCCCAUGAGCACUGAAUGCAGCAUGACUGGUGCACUGGAGAUGGUUGCUUUGGAGGGCAUGGCCUUAUUGAGCCAGAUGGCACAGCAAGAAAUGGAAAACCUCAACAACAAGGAAAAGGAUGUGGCCUUGGAGGGUCUGGACUGCUUACUGGAAGCAAGUCGGCAAAUACUGUUGGAAGCCAUUGAAAAACAGUCUCACAUCCAGCUGCCCAGAGACUUGGAUCCAAACAAAAAGUACAGCUGGAGGCAGAGGAAGGAGGAGCCGCUGUUCAGUAAAAUGUCCAUGGACGUGCUUGAUGCAUUUGAAGUGGAGUACCGGGUUCGUCUUGCGGAAAUACAAAAGACCUACAAGGAUAAGCAACGGGAAUUCAGCAAACUGCAGAGGCGUACAGACAAGCAUGAACGGCAGCAGGAUGAUGACAGGCGGAGUCAAACUCGAAGGGGCAGAGGAAGACCCAGGAAGCGAAAACUACUGGCCACGCCCCCCAAGCUAGACAGCAGGCCUGGAAAGGUUGGACGGACUGUGCAAUACUCUGAGGACUCUGAGGCUGGUGACGGACAGAGGAAAAAGCUUCGGUUGUCCAAAGAGGAUGAAGGGGGUGAGGCAGGGACCGGAGGAGUGAAGAUCAAAAAGAAGAAAAAGAAGAAGAGUUGGAAAGAUCAGAGUUCUUCUGGUUUGGAGGUACUAAAGGCAAAGCGAAGUCAUUUGUGUGAGCAGGAGCAGCUGGCGUCUGAUCUGAACAGGGCUCUUUCACUCUCACAGCUCGGCUCACUGGCCUCGGCACACAAACUCGCCUCCAGUAAAGUGUCCAAAGGAAAGUCCACUGAAAACCGACUCAAGGGGCAGAGCCUGCAUGCUUCCGUCAAAGGGACAAAACACAAGAUGAGCAGCAAGACGUCUUCCUCGGAGAAAGUGAAGAGUCAGAAGAAGAGACCCAUGUUUUCCCCAUUGAGAUCUGAGCUCAGCAGCUGCUCUAACAAUUCGGAUUCAGAGGAGCACAUUUCGUCCCGAGGGGGCUGGCCCCCACUUUCAAACUCUCGCUCCUGUGAUGACGGGACCAGGAAGAGGAAGCCUGCCACAUCGGCAUCUUCACUGCUGUCCAGUAAGAAGUCUGAGAAGAAGAAACACAAGCACUUAUCCCUGCUGCUGGAGGAGGCAGGCCUCAGUUCCUCUGACGACUCCUUUGACCAAGAAACCUCUGAGGAUGAUGAUGAGGAGGAUUCAUACUCGGAUGGCGUCUGUGAUGAGAGUGGAUUGGGACUUUUGGCAAGAUUUGCUGCUAGUGCUCUUCCUGUCAGUUCUCCCUCUCUGGGCCUUCUUCACAGUGGAAAACAACGCAAUAGACAAAACACUAUGGGUUCCUCAGAGUGUGAGUGGUCGGACUCUGACCUGCGAAUGAGGAAGUUCCCUUCCCUGCUUCAUGGUAAACGCUCUGCCCCUGAGCUUCCCCUGCUGCCUCCUGCUACUCAUCGCAUAAACCGCUCGAGCCCCACAAAGAGGGACGACUCUCUGUCCAUCAAACGCAAGGCUCUCUCCAAGCCCCAGCCCGCGCCCCGGUCUCCAAGGAGAUUCAGCUUUGAACAGGCCAGUGGCUCUGGGUUUGGAGGCUUCAGCGAAGACGAGGGCUGGAACCGCCGGCGAAGUGAGAGGAUAUUCCUCAAUGAUGCCACAACUCCAACCAAUCAGAUGCCUGUGUCGUCCUCCACAUCAACCAACCAGAUCACUCCAACUGUCUCCACCACCGCCCAGCUUUCACUGAAGCCUGCCUGCAGACCUAAGCCUGCUCCAAACAGAGAUGGAAAAGAUGCAGUGAAACAGCAGAAGAAGAAGCCGAAAGACUCCCCCCUCCCUCUGAGCCCGUCCACACUGUCUUCUCCUGUUGCAGACGGCCCUGUUUCUCUGAGCCUCAGUCCAGUGCGAAAGAGCCAGCCAAAAGCUAAGCCCAAGACCAGAGAACCUUCUAGGGGCGCAGUGAGCCGCCUGAUGGAGAGCAUGGCUGCAGACGAGGACUUUGAACCAAACCAGGAUAGCAGCUUCAGUGAAGACGAGCUGCUCCCAUCCUGUGACAGCAGCACGCCAGAGACCUCUCCUCCGCCCGCCCCUGUCCAGUGUGUGCUCGACAAAGACUCUCUGGUUGAUGGGCUCAGAGUUUUGAUCCCAAUGGACGACCAGCUGCUGUAUGCUGGACAUGUCAACACUGUACACUCGCCAGACAUAUAUAGUGUGGUGGUGGAGGGCGAGCGAGGGAACCGACCACAUAUCUACUGCUUGGAGCAACUGCUACAAGAAGCCAUUAUUGAUGUGAAGCCUCCGUCUGUGCGCUACCUCCCAGAGGGCACUCGCAUCGCUGCCUACUGGAGCCAACAGUACCGCUGCCUCUACCCGGGCACUGUGGUCAACGGAAACUCUGACAUUGAUGAAGAUGACAAUCUCAUCACAGUGGAGUUUGAUGAUGGUGACACAGGUCGCAUCCCUCUGUCUCACAUCAGACUGCUGCCGCCCGACUACAAGAUCCACUGCGCUGAGCCGUCCCCUGCUCUGCUUGUGGCCAGCUGCUCCCGGAGGAGAGUCCGCAAAUGCAGCAAAGAGGGCAAAGAGGCAGGUCCCAAACAAGACGACAACACUCCCAAGAUUAAAGGAAAGCCUGGUCGCAAACCUAAGCCCAAACCAGAGACCACCCUCAACCAGGACGGUCGUGAAAAGAGUGAGAAUUCUCCACGGGCAGAUGGGCCUCCUGCUAAACUGACUCAAGACAGGACACCUUCUGCGCAGAAAGUAUCUCAAGAUAAGCCCAGGCCUGCCUCCCGACCCAGCAUGGAGAUCCACCCUAAACCAAAAAGCAAAAGCUCCUCUUCCACUCCCACCACCAGCCCCACAUUGUCCAGUCCUGGGCCCAGAAAGGAGAACUCCAAAUCCAGCCGUGCACCCGCUUCGUCACUCUACCCAACCACCUACGGCAAAGUCCUGACAGUGGAUCUCUACACUGAACCCAAUCUGUCUUCUUACAACAACCAACGAAGAGAGAAAGACAACGCUAUGAGUCCAACUUCACAUAGGCCAAUGUCCAAAUCCACCUUAUCCAAAUCCAGUGUUGCUCCCAUUCAUAAACAACUGUCCAAAACUAAAUCCUCCACAGAUAACCACAGUAGACCCAGUCACAGCUCUGCACUAUCAAGUUCUAUUAACAGGCUGCCAUCAAGCAAAUCCACAUCCCUAAGCAGACCCUCAUCAUUGUCCCUUUCUUCAGCCUCUCGCCCAAAACUGAAGAUGCCAUCUGAGCAGCUAACUUCAAGAACAAGCUCUUUGCCUAGACCCAAGUCAUGUUCCACACAAAAUGAAAUGAGACGCAAGCCAUCUGCAGAGCCUCUGGUGAAACUCGACCACGAAGGAGUAACUUCACCCAAAACCAAGAAAACCAAACUAAUGCUACUGGAAGGGCGAGGCGUAAGGCGGGACCACACCCCAAUCACCACAGCAAAUCAGAAGCCACUGAAGCCUAAAGUAAGAGAAAAUGAUCCAAUUGAAAAAGAUUUUUACAAAGCACCAGUGCUAACCAAGGAUAAGACGGAAGGUAUCACUAAGGGCCUGUCGAUGGAGAAGAGAGAGGAUAAGGUUAAAAGAGAGGAGAUUAAACAGGAAUCGCAGAGUAGCAGCAGCUCGGACUCAGAGGAAGACGGAGACAAGGAGAAGGUAAAGAAGAAGAGGAAGAAGUGCACAUCCAGCUGCUCCUCCUCCUCUUCCUCCUGCUGCGGCUCCUCUUCUUCUUCCUCCUCCUCUUCGUCAUCAUCAUCCUCUUCCUCCACUGAUGACUCCUCCUGCAGCUCAGAUGAAGAGAGGAACCCCAGCCCUCCCUCAGGUCCCACUACUCCACCACCAACGCAGGAAAAGCCCAAAGAGGAAGCUAAAGAAGAGCCAAGGGAGGAGGUGAAGAAAGAAAAAGAAGUGAAAGAGGAAGAGUUGACUGCUCCGGAGUCUCCCUCUGACUCUCCAACGAUCACAACCCCUGCUCCAGCUAAACCUAAACCUGCCACAGGGAAGGGCUCUGGACAAAGGGGGCGUCCCCCAAAACAGAAGCCAAGUGGAGGGGAAGGCAAGGUGGGCCGACCCAAACGCAGAGAGGGGGUUCAUCUCCCCACCACCAAGGAGCUGGCCAAGCGCCAGAGACUUCCCAGUGUUGAGAACAGGCCCAAGAUCUCAGCCUUCCUUCCUGCCAGACAGCUCUGGAAGUGGUUUGGGAAACCCACUCAGAGGCGUGGUAUGAAGGGCAAAGCUAAGAAACUCUUCUACAAGGCCAUAGUUCGUGGCCGGGAAAUGAUCCGGAUUGGGGACUGUGCCGUGUUCCUAUCGGCCGGGCGUCCUAACCUGCCUUUCAUCGGCCGCAUCCAGAGCAUGUGGGAGUCCUGGGGCAGUAACAUGGUGGUCCGCGUCAACUGGUUCUACCACCCUGAGGAGACCAACCCUGGCAAGAAGCUCAUCGACAAAAAGAACUGGGAUCAGAUGUGUGGCCAGUCUAUACCUGCUGCUCUGCACUCUACUAUCCAGAGAAAAGACUUUGUUGAGCGUGCCCUGUACCAGUCGUCACACAGUGAUGAGAACGACGUGCAGACGGUCAGCCACAAGUGCCUGGUGGUCAGCGUGGAGGAGUAUGAGCAGAUGACCCACACCAGGCGCUACGCAGACAGUGAGGAUCUCUACUACCUGGCCGGCACCUACGAACCCACCACUGGCAUGAUCUUCAACACUGAUGGAGUCCCUGUCAUCUGCUGAACAAGUCUCAACUAACUGCAUUUCUCAGACUGACGAAAGAUGGAUAUUGUCCCGAUAUACCAAUAUGUCAAUUGCUGCACUGGACCAGCUACUACAAAACACUACACAGUAUUAUACAACUGUUUGCACACUCCGUUAAGAUUACACAGUGCUUACAUAUACCUUUUACAUGUAAAUAGAACUUGUGUAGACGGUAUUCGCACCCACUUGCUUGUAAAUACAACAUGUAACAUGCCACAGUAUAGAGAAUAUGAGUGUUUUAUUUUCUUGUAAUAGAUCUAAGUCCAGUUUUCCUAAAGAGGUAAACCAUCAAGAAGCUUUAAACGAACUGUGAAAGAUAAUUACAAAAUGAGCGCGACUCGUGUCCUGGCUUAAACUGUUGUGAUUAUGAUGUUGCCAUGGUGAAGUUACAGUCGUAUAGCCUAAAUGUUUCUAGACAGAACAGCUACAGACAGACGGAUAUGCAUGGAUUUUAGAGGGAUACUCCUUCCAUUGUAACAGAAAGCACUUAAAAUACUAAUUUAAACCUACGAUUUCCUUAGACAAUCCUAACUUGGACAGGUCGAAUGUUUGUGUGCUACAAAAACUUUAGACUCCCUCAGAGACUCAGGCAAAAGAGAGAGGAAGGAACCUUGUAGUAUUUUAAAGCACUUGUCAUCUUAUGUUGAUUUCUCUUAAAGGAAGCGAUCCACCCACAAACACUAGUGAAGCUGCUUUUUUCUUGUUUACUGAUGUGGUCCAAAUGUGUUUCCUUGGAAUGUGGAAGAGGAUUCUGGGAAACGUAGGACAGCUUUUGUAAAAAUGGGAGACUAAUAAAAGUUGAGAUGUGAGUCAUCACAAAGUAACUCCUGCAGCUUGUUUAUUAACAGUGGGAGCCACAGCGGGUGGAUUUUUCCUUUAAAAAGUUUUCAGAGCUGUAAACACUGCGGUUAGACCCAAAAGCCUCAAGGCUCCAAUUAAAUCAGCAUAUAUCACUUCUUAACACAAGUCUCCUGCCUUUUAGAUGUGUAAUCAUAACCGCCGUGAGUGCAGCCUCUGUUUGUAUCCCACAUGUUUUACUUUGCUUUUUUCUCUGCUGCUUAAUAUAUGCCCAAACUAUGAUUAUUGCCCUACAAGCAAUUACGUUUGACUAGAACGCACUUUGAAUGAGACUUAGUGGUCUCGAAAGUCUUCCUAGAGUACUUACUAACAUCCUCCACACAGCCCGCCCACUCCUGUCUGCUCUGUCCUCCCUUAGCUGCUUACAUUGUUUUCUAUGUGCCUAGUGCGACUGUUUUUGGGCUAGACAGUUGAAUGUCAUGCUCUGGGGUGUGAGCAUUUGGACGGCCUUUUUGAUGUCCAAGGCCUUACAGUAAUUAUGAUAAUGAUAAGAUGAUUCACCAAAUCUGUGCUGGGUCCCACCCCUUCCUAAUGGGAGCUGUGGACUCUCUUGUUAAUAUGAGAACCAUAUUAUUGUUGUGGACGCUCCACUUAUUUACACUAUAUUGAAGUGUAGACCUGUAUCAGAGAUCACAAUAAUAUACAACAGUAUAGAGUAGGCUAUAACAUGCCAAUUUUCUUCAUGUUACCGUGUUGCUCUCUCUGCUCGGCGGCAGAGACUAAAGAUUGUCUUGUUGAUAUUCAAUAGGUUUUAUAUUUUCUACUCCUGAGAUUGUUUUCUUAGACGUGUCUCAUUUUAUUAUAGAUUAUAGUGUUGUAUAUGUCUGGCUGUACAGAUUGCUGCUUGAAAAAGGAUUUCUUGCCACAUUCAAGAUUCGAUAAGAGUACAUAUUCUUCAGAUCAGAUACUAUAUUAGCGGCCAUGGAAAGUGUAAAUAAAGGCUGCUAGUUUGUUAGCGUAUACCCUAUGUGUGUGCUUUGAGGUAGCAUUACAUUUCAAUCAAACUAAUAUUCAAUCGCUUCCUUUUAUCAGCAGACCCCACCCCCCUUUUCUUAUGCUGCUGCUCUUCUGUCACCUUAUAUAAUACCUGGCUGAAUUCUACAGCUCUAAAUAUAGAUGCACAACACAAAUUCACCAGUUUGUUUGCAGAACAAGUUAAAGUGCCCGUUGUGAAUGUUUGUUUUCCCCCGAAGCUGCUAAAGAACUUUGUGUGGGCAUGAGGGUAGAUGGUCAAACCCUGAAUUCACACACACACACCACACACACACACACACACACAUACACACAAAUACACAAACAACAGGCUAACACUAUGAGGUGUGUCAUUGCCUUCCAGCCUGUAUUUGACCCCAUCCAAAGCCCCAUAUUAGGCCUUCAAACAGGGUCCAACAAAACACUUAUCCCCACUUUGCCUUCACUUUGAUUUGUUGUCUUGUUUUAACUCCCAAGUGUUCUUUUUAAUGUAUUUUACUUUGGCUUGUGUUUUUGCUGUGACAUUUUGCCAUCUUUUUUAUUACAUCAAUUGCAUGCUUCUUUUACUUGCUUCCCCUCUCUGAACAAUCGUCCAGCCUCACGCAUUACUGCUGACAGGCCCUGGGAGCUAGCUGCUAGAAAGAGAGGGAUGGGAGAGAGAGAAUAAGAGAGAAUGGGAAAUGGAGAGAGAGGUGGACUGGAGGCUGGUUCUUCGUCUGCUGUUCCUUCAGUAUCUUUAUCGUCCUGUUACAGAUUACAGCUAAAAGAUUAUUUUGGAAAAUAAAUAUUAAACAAAUCAUCUACGUUUUUUAAAAUGUACCUUCAUUGUGGAGGGAAGAAAAAGCUAUCAGAAUAUACUUUGUACACAUGUUUAAUCUUGUAAAAAUUCUAAAGAAUACAUUUUAAAGAGGGAUCUGAAGUGGAUAUAUUCUGUCGGCCUAUACUGUAUUGUGAACUGUUUCUUUUCUCUUUUUUUACAGAUGACAACCAUGUUUAUCAGUGUUUCUUUUCAAUUGUUUAGUAACUUGAUAUUUUAUAGUUAAUCAAUAAACAAAUGGAACUGUA